AUGGUUGCAGACACAAAAUUGUAUGAGCUCCUAGAGGUCAGUGCAACCGCAACUGACAUCGAAAUCAAGAAGGCAUAUAGAAAGUCUGCUCUGAGAUACCACCCUGAUAAAAACCCAUCUGAAGAAGCAGCUGAGAAGUUCAAGGAAGUUAGCUCGGCGUAUGAGGUCCUUUCAGAUCCGCAAAAGAGAGAUAUUUAUGACCAGUAUGGUAUGGAAGGCUUAAGUGGCAGCGGUGGGCCAGGCGGCCCCGGUGGAUUUGGUGGAUUUGGUGACGACAUCUUUUCACAGUUCUUUGGUGGCGGCGGAGCUCAAAGACCAAAGGGCCCACAAAGGGGUAGAGAUAUCAAGCACGAAAUCUCUGUCUCACUAGAAGAAUUGUUCAAGGGUAGAACAACCAAGUUGGCGCUUAAUAAACAGGUUACCUGUAAAACUUGUAAAGGUUUAGGUGGUAAAGAAGGCGCCGUCAAGAAAUGUACGGCAUGUAAUGGUGUUGGUAUCAAAUUUGUCACCAGGCAAAUGGGACCUAUGAUUCAAAGAUUCCAAACAGAAUGUGAUGUUUGUCACGGUACGGGUACUAUAAUUGAUCCAAAGGGUCGUUGUAAGGUUUGUUUGGGUAAGAAAGUUGUUAAUGAAAGAAAAAUUCUGGAAGUACACGUCGAUCCAGGUAUGAAAGACGGUCAACGAAUUGUAUUCAAAGGUGAAGCCGAUCAAGCACCUGAUAUUAUUCCUGGUGAUGUAGUUUUUGUCGUUUCCGAAAAGCCACAUAAGGAUUUCAAGAGAGUAGGUGAUGAUUUGGUGUACGAAGCGGAAGUUGACCUAUUAACCGCUAUUGCCGGUGGUGCCUUUUCUCUAAAGCACGUGUCUGGUGACUGGUUAAAGAUUACAAUUAUCCCUGGUGAGAUUAUAUCUCCUGGUAUGCGCAAGAUCGUCGAAGGCAAAGGUAUGCCAAUUCAAAAAUUCGGAGGUUACGGUAAUCUUUUGAUUAACUUCAAGAUUAAGUUCCCAGAGAAUCACUUCACCACUGAAGAGAACUUGAAGAAGUUAGAAGAAGUUCUACCACCAAGAAAACAGGAGGUUAUUCCUGAGGGUGUGCACGUAGAAGAAUGUAUCUUAUCAGAAUUCGAUUCAUCCAAGUAUAACUCAAACGGUAGAGGCCAAAGUUACGACGAAGAUGAUGAUGAAGGACAUGGUGGUGCUGAAGGUGUCCAAUGUGCAUCCCAAUGA